UCCAGUCAGCCAGCCAAGGCUGGCAGGCAGGGGCCAGGAUUCCAGCCAGCCUGCCAAGGCAGGCAGGCCAGGACCAUGACUCCACUCAGCCAGCCAAGGCAGGCAGGCAGGAGCCAGGACUCCAGCCAGCUAGCCAAGGCAUGCAGGCAGGAGUCAGGGCUCCAGUCAGCCAGCCAUGGCAGGCAGGCAGGAGCCAGGACUCCAGCAAGCCAGGCAAGGCAGGCAGGCAGGGGCCCGGGCUCCAGCCAGCCAGCCAAGGCAGGCAGGCAGGUGCGAGGACUCCAGACAGCCUGCCAAAGCAGGCAGGCAAGGGCCAUGACUCCAGUCAGCCAGCCAAUGCAGGCAAGCAGGAGCCAGGACUCCAGCCAGCUAGCCAAGGCAGGCAGGCAGGAGUCAGGACUCCAGCCAGCUAGCCAAGGCAGGCAGGUAGGAGCCAGGACUCCAGUCAGCAAGCCAAUGCAGGCAGGCAAGGACCAUGACUCCAGUCAGCCAGCCAAUGCAGGCAAGCAGGAGCCAGGACUCCAGCCAGCUAGCAAAGGCAGGCAGGCAGGAGUCAGGACUCCAGUCAGCCAUGAAGGCAGGCAGGCAGGAGUCAGGACUCCACUCAGCCAGCCAAGGCAGGCAGGUAGGAGCCAGGACUCCAGUCAGCAAGUCAAGGCAGGCAGGCAGGAGUCAGGACUCCAGUCAGCCAGCCAUGGCAGGCAGGCAGGAGCCAGGACUCCAGCAAGCCAGCCAAGGCAGGCAGGCAGGGGCCCGGGCUCCAGCCAGCCAGCCAAGGCAGGCAGGCAGUGGCCAGGACUCCAGCCAGCCUGCCAAGGCAGGCAGACCAGGACCAUGACUCCACUCAGCCAGCCAAGGCAGGCAGGCAGGAGCCAGGACUCCAGUCAGCCAGCCAAGGCUGGCAGGCAGGGGCCAGGAUUCCAGCCAGCCUGCCAAGGCAGGCAGGCCAGGACCAUGACUCCACUCAGCCAGCCAAGGCAGGCAGGCAGGAGCCAGGACUCCAGCCAGCUAGCCAAGGCAUGCAGGCAGGAGUCAGGGCUCCAGUCAGCCAGCCAUGGCAGGCAGGCAGGAGCCAGGACUCCAGCAAGCCAGGCAAGGCAGGCAGGCAGGGGCCCGGGCUCCAGCCAGCCAGCCAAGGCAGGCAGGCAGGUGCGAGGACUCCAGACAGCCUGCCAAAGCAGGCAGGCAAGGGCCAUGACUCCAGUCAGCCAGCCAAUGCAGGCAAGCAGGAGCCAGGACUCCAGCCAGCUAGCCAAGGCAGGCAGGCAGGAGUCAGGACUCCAGCCAGCUAGCCAAGGCAGGCAGGUAGGAGCCAGGACUCCAGUCAGCAAGCCAAUGCAGGCAGGCAAGGACCAUGACUCCAGUCAGCCAGCCAAUGCAGGCAAGCAGGAGCCAGGACUCCAGCCAGCUAGCAAAGGCAGGCAGGCAGGAGUCAGGACUCCAGUCAGCCAUGAAGGCAGGCAGGCAGGAGCCAGGACUCCAGCCAGCUAGCCAAGGCAUGCAGGCAGGAGUCAGGGCUCCAGUCAGCCAGCCAUGGCAGGCAGGCAGGAGCCAGGACUCCAGCAAGCCAGGCAAGGCAGGCAGGCAGGGGCCCGGGCUCCAGCCAGCCAGCCAAGGCAGGCAGGCAGGUGCGAGGACUCCAGACAGCCUGCCAAAGCAGGCAGGCAAGGACCAUGACUCCAGUCAGCCAG